AAGUAUCUCUUUGUGUUCAUAGCAAUUCUCUAUUCUGAAGAUGGAUGUGAAAAACAGUGGCAGGGGAAUUCCAUUCAUGACCUUUUAUCUCUUUCUUCUUCUCCUUUCUGCCAUCUCUGUUUUGUCCCAUGCUUCCUCUAUUGCUUUUCAGAUUAAAGGAAAUGUGUAUCCACUUGGGUAUUACACGGUGAACCUCGCCAUUGGCAAUCCCCCUAAGGCUUAUGAACUUGACAUUGACACAGGUAGUGAUCUCACUUGGGUUCAGUGUGAUGCGCCAUGCAAAGGUUGCACCCUACCUCGCGAUCGACAAUAUAAACCACAUGGCAACCUUGUGAAAUGUGUGGAUCCCUUGUGUGCUGCAAUCCAAUCAGCACCAAACCCUCCCUGUGUUAACCCAAAUGAGCAAUGUGACUAUGAGGUUGAGUAUGCAGACCAAGGAUCUUCUCUCGGUGUCUUAGUUCGAGAUAUUAUUCCACUUAAACUCACCAACGGAACUUUAACACAUUCCAUGCUCGCCUUCGGGUGUGGAUAUGAUCAAACUCAUGUUGGUCAUAAUCCACCACCUUCCGCAGCAGGGGUUCUUGGCCUUGGAAAUGGCAGAGCAAGCAUUUUGUCUCAGCUUAAUUCUAAAGGCCUAAUUCGUAAUGUCGUUGGCCACUGCUUAAGUGGGACAGGAGGGGGCUUUUUAUUCUUUGGAGAUCAACUCAUUCCACAGUCUGGAGUUGUUUGGACACCCAUAUUGCAGAGUUCCUCUUCCUUGCUAAAACACUACAAAACAGGUCCAGCAGACAUGUUUUUUAAUGGGAAGGCUACUUCUGUGAAGGGUCUUGAACUUACCUUUGAUAGUGGGAGCUCCUACACAUACUUCAAUUCCCUUGCUCAUAAAGCUCUUGUUGAUCUGAUAACUAAUGAUAUAAAGGGGAAGCCUUUGAGUAGAGCAACUGAGGAUCCAUCACUACCAAUUUGUUGGAAGGGUCCAAAGCCUUUCAAAUCUCUACAUGACGUCACUAGCAAUUUUAAGCCCCUAGUACUGAGCUUCACAAAAUCAAAGAAUUCGUUGUUUCAAGUACCACCAGAAGCUUAUCUAAUUGUCACUAAACAUGGCAAUGUCUGCUUGGGGAUUCUAGAUGGCACUGAAAUUGGACUAGGAAAUACUAACAUAAUUGGAGACAUCUCUUUACAAGAUAAGUUAGUGAUUUAUGACAACGAGAAACAGCAGAUUGGAUGGGCCUCUGCCAAUUGUGAUAGGUCUUCUCUAAUGUAAUUUUUUCUUAAGUUGACUUGACAUGGCUGAUAGGGCUUUCUCAUAAGGAAAUCCUAGCAAAAUAAUGCCCUGCAACUUAUGAUGUUAUAGAUUGUCAAUGAGUUGUUAGGCAAGGAAUGUUAGGAUGUAAAAUGGUUGGGAUAGCAUAUAUAAUCCCAUAUAUAUGGUACAACAUAAUCUAUAUAUAAACUUUAUUUUUUUACAUUUUACUA